CACUAUGUUCUUUCUCCCAUCAUGCGUUGCGGUUUGACGCUCCUCAGAGGACACGGCAAGAGGUCAAUUUAUCAGACAUUUAGCGCAGAGAUUGAAAUCAGUCAAAAUGUCUGACCUAAUUGAAGAGAAGAUCAAGAACUACAGAACGGCUCCUUUUGAUGCCCGGUUCCCCAACACCAACCAGACCCGAAACUGCUUCCAGAAUUAUCUGGACUUCCACAGAUGUAACAAGGCUCUGUCCGACAAAGGCCAGGACGUGGCACCCUGUGACUGGUACCAGAGAGUCUACAAAAGCCUGUGUCCCUUGAGCUGGGUGGCAAAAUGGGACGAUCAGGUUGAAGCUGGAAGUUUCCCCGGGAAAAUCUAAAUGGACACACUCCAUGACUUCUUCCACUGAUCUCGUGUCCUUUCCCCCGACUUCCCUUAUGCACAUCUUAAUGUCUCUGUCAAGCAUUUUGAUGUUUCUGUAAAAAUGACUAAUAAAUAUUUUAAUGUUGUGAUGAUA